AUGGAUGGAGAUCAAGGGAAUGACUAUAAUGACAAUGUUGAUGAGCCUAAUGAAAGUUUAAUGGAGAUGGACCCAACAGUGCAUAUGUGUUUUGACUCAAUGGUUGAAGCUAAAAAUUUUUACACAAACUACGCCAUUAGACGUGGGUUUGCCGUGCGGACUAGAACUUCUAAAAAAGAUAAAGACAACAACGUCUACUACCUCAGAAUAGUUUGUUCAAGGGAGGGAAAAUAUGUGUCUUCCGUCAAACCAGUGGUAAAAACACUUCCAAGUCAAAUUAACCAAUGUCCUGCUGGGAUAACCAUUGCAAAGAAGGAGGACAAGUGGUUUAUAAGGACCGUUGUUCUGGACCACAACCAUGAUCUUUGUCCAAAUAACUUCAAACUAUUUGCAGCCAAUAGAAAGUUAAGCAUGCAUGCAAAACACACGUUGGAGGUCAACCACGAUGCUGGAGUUAGGUUAAAUAAGAGUUUCCUUAGCAUUGUCAAUGAUGCAGGGGGCUAUGAAAACAUGGACUUCGUGGAGCGGGACGCUCAAAACUACAUUGGCCAACACAGAAGAUCUUUAUGUAAGGAUGGUGAUGGUCAGGCACUCCUACGACACUUUUCGUCAAUGAAAGAUAGAAAUAACGAGUUCUUCUAUGACAUUGCACUGGAUGAAGGGAAUAAAAUCUGUAGUGUGUUUUGGGCUGAUGCAAGAAGUCGUGCUGCAUGUGAAGAAUUUGGUGACGUUGUUUCCUUUGACACCACUUACUUAACAAAUAAGUACGACAUUCCAUUUGCGCCUUUUGUUGGAGUUAACGAUUAUGGACACUCCAUUUUACUUGGUUGUGGAUUGCUGUCUUCGGAAGACACUGUCUCAUUUGUCUGA